AUGAGUCUCCUUAGUUGGAAUGCUCGCGGAUUAGGGAGUUCCCGAGCAUUCCAAAACUUCUCCCUCCUCACGAAGCAGCAUCAGCCCCAGCUCUUUUUUGUCAUGGAAACCAAGCUUUUUGUAUCUUCUACUUUUGUUGCUAGGGCUAAUAUGUAUUUUGCUAAUGUUUUUCAAGUUCCUAGAAGUGGAUUAGGGGGGUUUCAUUUGUCUUGCUAUUACGGAUCUCCCUAUGUUGCUGAUAAACACAAUUCUUGGACCUUAUUGCAUCGUCUUUUUGAUGCUGCCCCUCUUUCACCGUGGCUCAUUGUUGGGGAUUUUAAUGAUUACCUUGUCUUUAACGAUCGAAAUACUCACGGUUUACCACCUCCCCAUGCCAUGCAUUCUUUUCAAAGCUUUAUUGGUAAAUACUCUCUUUUCCUGCUCGCUUUCUCUGGAAGCCGCUUCACUUGGAAGCAUGGUACCACUUUGGAGCGUUUGGAUUGGGCCAUUGUUAAUCAAAAAUGGGCUGAUCUAUUUCCCAUGGCCUCUCUCCACCACUUAGGUUUUUUUGGCUCCGAUCGCAGAGCUCUAAAAGUGUUGCUGGAGGGCAAACCUUUCAUGUUUGCUCGUAACCCUACUUUUCGAUUUGAUAAUCAUUGGUUACUUGAGCCUGAUUUCCCCGAGCUUCUUAGAGAUAGCUGGAAAACAGAAUCUAAUUCUUCCACCUCUAAUAAUCCCAUUCUCACUUUCCUUUCCAAACUGCAAAAUUGUUCCGUUUCCUUGUCCUCCUGGGGUCGUAAUAAAAAUCAAUUCUCACAUCGCAUCAAACGUAUCCAAUCGGAUAUGGAGCGCCUCCUGGAGGGUCCUACUGUUUCUCCUUCUGAUGUCAAGAAAGCCAAUGAUCUCCAACCGAGGAAACGUACCAAUUUCAUUAAGUCUCUAACUUUGGACGACAAUUCUCAAGUCACCACUCUAAAUGAUAUUACCACCUCUUUUGUUCAGUUCUACACUGAUCUCUUUGCUUCCCAAGGAACUAACCCUGAUGCUAUGACUUUUGCUACGCAAGGUCUCUCUAAGCGCCUCACUCCUACUCAAUCAGCGUUCCUUACUUCUCCUUUCACUUUUGAUGAAGUCAAAGUUGCUCUUUUCCAGCUUAGUUCCCUGGUCCCGAUGGAUUUAAUCCUAGUUUCUUUCAAAAAAAAUUGGGACUCUGCUGGUAGAGAUCUCUGCCAGGCGGCUUUAUACACUCUCACCACCAAUGCUGAUCUUAGCCCGGUAAACGAAACUAUUUUGGUUCUCAUUCCCAAAGUUAAAAAUGCUUCUCGGGUUAAGGACUUCCGUCCCAUCAGUCUCUGUUCCACUCUAUACAAGGUCGUCUCUAAAACUAUUGCAAACCGCCUCAAAUCUUCUCUCUCGGAUCUUAUUUCCCAUAACCAUGGCGCCUUUCUCUCUGAUCGCAUCAUUUUUUAUAACAUUAUUAUUGCGAACGAAGUUAUUCAUGCGAUCACUAACCGUAAACAUGGGAAAGUCGGUUGGGCUGCUUUGAAGCUGGAUAUGGAAAAGGCCUUUGACAAAGUUGAAUGGGCCUAUAUUGAGCACAUCCUUCAACAUUUUGGUUUCCCCUAUCCCUUCAUCUCCCUCAUUCUUAACUGUCUUUCCUCUGUCUCUUUUCGUCUCCGCAUUAAUAAUUGUCUCUCUCACAAAAUUCUCCCCACUCGCGGAAUCCGUCAGGGCGACCCUCUCUCGCCUUAUCUUUUCCUCCUUGUUGCUGAAGGUCUCUCUGGAAUUAUCAAUGCUAAGACGCAUUCUAACUCUUUCGAUGGGAUUUCCAUUUCACUAAGGUUUCUUCCUCUUCGUCCACUGAAAUCAAGGAUAUUCUUACCCUUUACAACCACGCUACUGGCCAAUCCGUCAAUUUCCACAAAUCCUCUAUCCUUUUCUCUCCUAAUACCACUUCCUCUGACUGUCACAAUCUCAGAACUACUCUCAAUUUGGACGAUAAGCCUUUCAUUGAUAAAUACCUAG